AUGGCCAUCACGGCAGCUGGAGGAACAGUCAUCAAACCCGACAACCCUGGCGCAUACAAAAUUGUGUCCCUGAACGACCACUGCGACAGCAAGGACCACAAGCAGAGCCUGAACGACACAUCGGCGACCCAAUCAGCCGGCAUUCUGACCGCGUCGCAGCUGCGAGACCUGCGAGGCACGGGCGAGAACGGGUGCAGCUUCGAGUUCUCCGCGCCGGGGAGCUCGGGCCUCAUCGUGUCUGUGAUCGAGAUGAACCUGCGCAUGGGCGUGCUCAACGAGUCAUGCAUCGACUACAUCUCCGUGAUAACCAAGUUCAACUUCGGCUCCGACAAGGACGAGCGCUGCGGCCGGAUCACGAGCGAGCAGAACUAUCACUUCGCCACGACGCACUCGCUGCAGCUGAAGCUCUUCUCCAAGACGCCCCUGACGAACUUCUUCGACGAUUACAUCCUCGCUGUGGUUGCCACCAGCUACACGGAAUCUCAGGACGGCGCCUGUGGACCGGACGAGUUCCAGUGCACGGCCGGUGACCGUUGCAUCUACAAGGGCUACCGGUGCGACAACGUCAACAACUGCGGCGACAACAGCGACGAAGCCAAGCUGGGCAACUCCAUGUGUCUGAUGCCACUCAGCUCGUUGCUCCUGAUAAUAGCUGGCUUGGUCGAUUUGUUGCUUACUUGGUGCAUCGUACUCUGCUGCUGCCUGCGAUCUGCCCUCACCAAGCAAAAGGCCCUGCAGGCGGACCGCUGGGGUGCUCUGGCCCCUGAAGGCGCCGCAACCCCCUCGGAAGAAGGCGAGAGCAGCGAUGUUGAUGACGAAGAAGAUGUCGGCGGCACCGGCGACGCGUCCACCACCUCGCAGCAAGAGAAGACCUUUCGCAACCCGCUGGCCGCCUCUUUACGCAGUAAAGAGGACGAGCACGAACAGACGGCCGCCGUCACCGAGGGCAAUUUGUGA